ACUUGUUUUGACCAUGAAGAGUUUUUUGUUUAUUUUGCUAGUAUGUUGUUUUUUUUUGUGGUUUCCAAUGAGUCAUUUCUUUAACUUCCUGUUUGAGCAAGUGCUUUGUAACAGGUCAUUACAGCGUUUGUGUGUCCCGGUUUUCAAGUCCAAGACAAGUCCGUUUUUUAAAUGUGUUUCCCCUUCUUGGGAUGAGGGAGGUGUAGAUUUCUUGGGUUCACGGUCUGAAACUCAAAGACACAACUAAUUGGCCAAUGCUUAAAGCCCAGAACUUGGGAGUCAAGAAGACCCGAGACCCAGUUGUGUGAUAGGAUCCUGGUAGACUGGGCAAGUCACGCUGGGCCUCAGUUUCCUCCUCUGUAAAACGAGGAUCACUAUCACCCACCUCCCAGGGUUGUUGUGAGAAACAAAUGAGAUCAUAUUUGUAAAGCGCUUUGGAAACACAAAGCAACCUUGGAACUCAUCUAGCAAAAUUUAAAAUUAGUUUUGCAAGACUUCCUGGUUGUCCAGUGCGAUACUGCUGGAUUUUUCAAUGGGUGGGGGAGGAGCCAGACGAAAGGAGGGAAUUUGGAACUUAAAAUUUAAAAAAAACUGAAUGUUUAAAAAAAAGAGUCCCUCAAUUUUAGGUAUGAAGUAACAGAGACCCCAGAAGGGUGUGCGACCCCAAGGUCAAAGGCUGUUUCUGGUGCAGUUAACUCCUCCAGGAAGCCCCGGCCACGACAGCCUUCUUCGGCCGCUGCUUUGGCUCUCUCUGCCUCCGCAGCUCGGAAAGGUGAGGGUCCCCGGGGACAAGCCGAGGCCACCAACCGGCAGGGGGAUCAGCUCCAACCAGAAGCGAAGUCGUAAGGCCCACUCCCACCGCUACAACCACCGGCCUUCAACCGCCCAUGACCUUUGACCUCAGGACGAGCGACGUCCGGUCAGGUGCCCUCUGUUGUUAGCAAUGGAGGGUCAACAUCCGGGCGUCUCGUAACCGACAACAGCCUCCGAGGUAGAAUGGGGCUCCGCCCCUCGAGCAACCGCCCGCGCUGGUCACCGAAGCCCCUCCCCAGCCCGGUGCUGAUUGGACGAUUUUGCGAGCGCGGGCCCGCGAUUGGUAAGAGAUGUCACAAAGGGGGUAGGUGGGAGCGGGGAGUGGGCUGGAGAGUUGGCCGGGCCAGUCCCCCCGCUCCGGCUCGGCUCCGGGAGCGAAACCGAGAGCUGAGUGUCCGAGGGGCUGCCUCCGCCGGGGGGCCGGGCUGGAUGGGGCCGGCGACUAAGCCCGGGGAGCAGGUGGCCCCAGGCUGUCUCGCCGCCUCUUACUUCUGAGGAGGAGACGAGUCCUGGGCGCCGCGGCGGGUCUGCUCAGGUGCAGCACUCAAAACAUGACCAGCAAGAUACAUAGCCAGUGUUCAGAGCUAAUUUGGCUAGAACUGGAAUACAGCUGUCUACAGCAUAUCCACAAGGAAUCGGAAAAGUCAAUCUGAUGGCUAACAAGAAGGAACCUCCAUUCUUUAAUGAAGAUAACGUGGGACCAUUUUGCUACAAACUUCCUUUCUACGAGACUAUGGAGCUCUUCAUUGAGACACUGACGGGGACAUGCUUUGAGUUGAGGGUUUCACCUUUUGAAACUGUCAUCUCUGUGAAAGCUAAAAUUCAAAGAUUAGAAGGCAUUCCUGUCUGUCAGCAACAUUUAAUUUGGAAUAACAUGGAGCUUGAAGAUGAAUGUUGCUUGAAUGAUUAUAACAUUUCAGAAGGUUGUACCUUAAAACUGGUAUUAGCUAUGCGCGGUGGACCAAUAAAUACUAGAAGAGUUCCAAUGGAAGACCCUCUUAGGGAAAUGGCUGAAUACACGGACUCCAGUCGUGAUGAGGUCUGGGAGAAGGCCUCAUGCAACAAACAAGUAACCUUUUUGGUGUACCGAGAAGGAGAUCAGUUGAAUUUCUUCCGUGUAGUAGAUAGGGGAGAUGGCACUUUAACACCAUUAUCUGAAUCCUUAAGUGGUGGUUCUGUUUAUAAUUUAUAUACAGAUGAUGAUGAAGAAAUUGAGCCUUCUCCCUCUGGGCAACAGAUAAUUGAAAAUUCUAUCACUAUGAAUAAAAUGAAGCUACUGAAGGCAAAAAUGGAGACCAUGAACCUCAGUAAAAAGCCUAAGAAAACUGUCAAGAUAAAACCUCGUCCACCUAUGGCUCCUCGACCUUCAAGUGGUUCAAUGGCAGCUGCUCGUCACAGAUUGUUCAGAGUACUCCCCCACAUUGGACAGUCUUGUCUGCCUCCACCUGGGAAUUCCUAUCCUUCUGAGCCUUCCCAGAAUGCACUUUCAGCCUUGGCUACUUUGGCCACUACCAGUAGACCUAUACCAUCUAUCACUACUGAUUUCCUUAAGGAAGAUAAUAAUUGGGAGAGCACCACACUCUCCCAGUCAAUCAGCAGCAUUAAACUACCAGCCAAAGUAUCUCAUGUUGAAUUAGAAAGCACCAAACAGUCCAUCCCUGAUGCUGUCCUUCCUCUUGUGUCAUCUCUGUCCACACAGACAGAAAUGUUUUCAGAACAUUUAAUAUCUAAAACAGAGGAAGACACUAUCAUAUUUCCAAAUAUGGAGUUGUGUGCCACUGAAGAAUCUCUUUUACCUGAAAUGGAUGUGUCUGCUUUGUUAGCAGAAGGAAAUGUGGUGGAACAAUACAGUGAUCUGGAUAGCACAGAGAAGGUAAACCACGACCUUGUACUGACCGAUGGGGAUAAAGAUAUUAAAACUGCAGAGCAGCAUCAUAAGCCUGUUGCAAGAAUGUUGAACUCUGAGACCAUGGAAACUUCGAUUCUGAACCCUCGUGAAUUAAGCCCACAGAAGAACAGGCUUUUGUCACCUCUUCAGUAUUCUGCACCAAUAACACAUCACAGUUCUCUAGUGAAACCACAGAGACAGUCCAGAUGUUUUGAGACUGGUAGCCUCAGGUCCCCUGCCUCACAAAAUGUGUUUCGAUCGUUGGAUGUCCGAAAUAUAGCUGAUCCUUCCUUUCCUAGGACUACUAGAUUUCAUGGUGUUAAAGUUGACUCACCUGGUAAAAGAUCCGAUAUUAUUUCCAAAGGCGAGGCUAGGGACAUCACAGAAAUGGCUAACAAGGCAUCCAAAGAGCCUGUAGGUUCUGUAAACAACAUAGGUUUUCUUGCUUCACUGGCACGAAGUGCAAGCAGAGACAGUUUACAGAGCUCAUGUGGGGCCAGCAGGCUUCGGACUUCUGCCAUUGUACUGUCUACAAAUCUCAAGCAUUUUCAGGAAGAAGGCCUUAGAAAAAGCUCUCCCCAAAUUGAACCUGCUGACUUUUUUCUAUCUACCCAUGGGCUUGGAAUGAAUGGAAAUAAUACAUCAUCAGGGAAAAGAGUAGGUGAAACAACUCAUCAUCUUCCCCCUGUGAAAGCCCCUGUUCAGACCAAAAAGAAAACAUCCAAGCAUUGCUUUCUUUGUGGCAAGAAAACGGGACUAGCCACCAGCUAUGAAUGCAGAUGUGGAAACAAUUUCUGUGCAACUCAUCGAUAUGCAGAAACACACGGCUGCACUUAUGAUUACAAGAGUGCAGGAAGGAGAUAUUUACAGGAGGCAAAUCCUGUUGUUAGUGCACCAAAACUUCCAAAAAUCUAACUAUGGUGGCACUGCCAGAGGAAAUGGAUUACUAAUGACAGAAGAAGUAUUGCUUAGACUGAAUUAAUUUUGUUCGACUCCACAAAAAAAAAAGAUUUGCCAAGUAACAAAAAGCACACAAAGCAUACUGUUGCAGAGUAAUGUGAACACUGCUGUCAUUAACAUCUUUAUUCUUUAGUGAAUCAAAAGUUUUAAAAGUAGUUUUUAAAAAUUUACACUAUAAUGAUUUAACUUUUGUUAUUGCACGUCUUGUGUUAAGUGUUUUAUAUUUGAAAAUGCUAUUUCACUAGACAAGUCUUUAAAAGAUGCACUUUUCUAAGUUAAUUUUACUGUGGAACCAACCAGAUUUGAGGGGGUGCUAAUGAGAGUGUCAUUCAUAGAAGGUCUUCAUGUCAUGGAAUGUCUUCUGUAUUCAAUCCUACCUGUUGCUGUUUUAUUUCAUUUUGUUUUUAAUCCCAUGGGUGAUCUUUUAAGUUAAUUCACUAGGAAGCUCCCCCUUCAAACCAUAUUUUAAGAACAUUCAGUUUGCUGUGUGGUGUUUUAUCACACAUUUUUUCUCUUCCAUUCAGAUUGGCAUUCAGAUAUUGUGUAUACAUUCUACAAAACAUAUCAUGUGAAUCACAAUAUAUAUUUCUUAAAACAUUACUCUGUGUAUGGCAGUUUUUUUUAAAUAGACAAUGUCCCACUUUUUGCCAUGAAAUACAGAAAACAGCUUAUUUUAAUUUUUUUUGUAAUGGAUAGAUUUUUUUUUUAAAGACUUCACAACUUGGUUUGUUUUGCUAAGAUGUUGAAUACUGUUACCAAGAGAAAUUCAAAUAAAUACUCAAUUUUA